AUGGACCGUGGCAACAAGACGUACGUCGGGACGGGCGAGACGACCGAGUGGGAGGACAUCCUCAUCAAGCGUGGCAUCAUCGCGCCCAAGACGAAGGCGCCUGUCGAGGAAGAGGUUGAGAGCGAGGACGACGAGGACCCGCGCGAGAACGCCACGAUGGACGAGCUCGAUGAGAUGGACGACGACUACGACGAGGACCAGGCCCUUGCGCGCAUCCGCGAAAAGCGCAUUGCCGAGAUGAAGGCGAUGGCGGCUCGCAACCUCUUUGGCGACGUGCAGCCCAUCUCCAAGGACGAGUGGACGCGCGAGGUCACGGACGCGAGCAAGAACUGCUGGGUCGUGGCCUACCUCUUUGAAUCGAGCGUCGAGGGCUGCAAGCUCAUGGACCAGCUCCUCCGCGCGGUCGCUGCCAAGCACCGUGACGUCAAGUUUGUCAGCAUCCAGUCCCAAGUGUGCAUUGAGAACUGGCCCGCGCGGAACCUCCCGACGCUCUUUUGCUACAAGAACGGCAACCUCGCGACGCAGAUGCUGACGCUGAGCAAGCUCAAGGGCCUCGACACGCGCCCCGCUCCGUAUUGA